AGAUAAACUGUGAACCGAGUGUGCGCAGUUGGUUCAGCUAAAAGGAACGGACCCGUGAAAACAUCGCUGCGAUGUAUUUCGAAGGACGCGUGUAAUCGACGUGCGGAUCGAUUAUUUUGACGAUAAGAGAUCGUCUUGGGCGUUAAAAAAUCUCGUGUCGCUGAUAUACAGGCCGAUAAAGUUCGUUCUUCGUCCAUCAAGACGUACAAGUGUGGACAUCCGUGAAACGAUCUGUCGAGGAAAGACCACCUCUCAACGUGUAAUCUUUGAUACUUCUCGUUCCAAUGGCACAGACGGGGCCCAACUUGCCGAAGCUUCCGAGCCUUCCGGCUCCGUUGAAAUCCAUACAGCAAUACUUGACAGUCGCGUCGAAGCACGACCAGCGAGAUAGCGUUGUCAGUUAUUGGUGUCGCCUGUUUGCUCUCCAAACCGGAUUGAAGCUGUCGACCAAGACGUCGGAAGAGACGAAUUUUCUACUGAGGCUGAUGGACUGGCUGGAAACGACGAAGAAGGAGCUGCACGACAACGAAGCCAUCACCAACGAAGUGGCCGCCCAGGCGCACCUGGAGAAUUGGACCUUGAAGCUCUUCCUGUAUGCCGACAAGAACGACAGGGCCGCAAAUUUCUCCCAGAACGUGGUGCAGAGCUUUUACACCGCUCAGAUAUUGUACAAUGUGUUGACGCUGUUCGGAGAGCUGAGCGUGGAAGCGGCACAAAAUCGGAAGUACGCCCAGUGGAAAGCGGCCUACAUUCACAACUGUCUCGCAAAUGGGGAAACUCCAGUGCCAGGUCCGAUGAAAGACGCCGACGAGGAAGAUGAUUCCUUCAAAGCGUCCAACGACGAUGCCGGAGAGCCCGAAUCAAAUGUGAAUCCCGAGAGUCCCAAGGAUAACAUUUCGCGAAGCAUUCCGCCCGUUCCUGUAAAUCCGCCGUCUGCGAGAACGCAGCCGUUUGAGUCGGAAGAUGAUAUGUAUAAGACAGAAAGCGGUACCCAGUUGUCAGUCGAGCAGAUUGCCAAGGCUCAAAAGUUAAUCAAAUGGGCAAGCAGCGCGUUGGACUAUGACGACGUAGCUACCUCCGUGAAGAACCUUCGAAAUGCCCUGCACCUUUUAACUACUGGUGAGGGGCCCGCGACGGACGAGAUGGAUCGAAAAUCGCACCGCGUUCAUUGAUGUCUUAUAAUCAGUUAUGUUGAGCCUGUCGCCUGUAUCGUGCAUAAUGGCCAGUAAAAGAUAUUUUACUAAUAUUUCACUUUUACAAUCUUGGAGAUAAUAGAAGGCGAAUAAAAGAGGCAUGGUUACAGUUAACUAGUCAAAUCAACCUCGAAGAUGCACUUAACGAAAAUAGAAAUUGUUACGGACUGCGUUUUCCGGAUUGUAAUUAUUGCUGUUCACAACGAGAGGUGUAUAGUUACAGUUUCGUCAUAUUUAUUGAAACUACUUGCUUUAGAAGUAUUAAUAUCCCUUUUAAUGAAGGCUUUAACAUCACUAUACCUAGUUUUUCAAAUGAUUUUUAGUAAUAUUGUUGAUAAGACGUUUUUGCAAGUAAUCUUUUGCUAAAUAAAUUAAGACAAUUGAACAUUUAAAUGAUACAAAUCAGUUAUUUUGGAGAGACUCUUGAAAUAGAUUGUUAAAAUGGCGAAUGUGAAUAUUUUAGAAAUAGGGUAACAUUGCUUUCACAAGUUGUAGAACUUAAUAAUUACUGAUAAAACGUGCUAAAUAACUGGCUGUAUUUUAUUUCACACGAAGUGUACAUUUAAUGUCUGGUAUAUAACGUAAUAUAUUUUUUAUAUAAACAAUAUUAAAUGAGAUUAUAAAUAUACCAAAAUGUAUGCGUAUAAAUCUUGUCUUGUAAAAAAGAAACAGCAACAUUUUCUUUGAGUUUUUAUCAAUCAAUAGAUAUAUAAAUCAUUUAUAUUAAAAGUUUAUAUAAAAAAAGGAAUAAGUGCAAUAUUUCUGAUACAUCUAACAAUAAGUAAUGUGAAUGGUUUUUAUCUCUCUUAUUGCAUGUAAAAGAAAGAGAAAAGAUACAAUUACUGUUACAUAA